AUGGCACCAAGUAUCGUCUCCGACAUUGAGCUGCCCAGGGACAUUCCCGAGUCCAGGCAAUCAGCUGCCAAUAUUCCUAUCGAAAAGGCCUUUGGCUUGAAAGACAGAACCAUCAUCAUCACUGGUGCUGGUCGUGGACUCGGCAUUACACUUGCUGUCGCUGUCCUCGAAUCUGGCGCCGAUGCAAUCUGUCUGGAUAUUCUUCCCGAGCCCAGCGCCGAAGAGUGGGAAGUCAUAACCAAGCUUCAAAAGAGCACCGGAGUCCGAGCGACAUACCGCCGCUGCGACAUUACGAAUGAAGAGGCUGUCGAGAAGAUUGUCGCAGAUUGCGGCGAGGAGGCUCGUCGACGAGGCAAGCCUGUCAGAGGCAUGAUCUCGUGCGCCGGCAUCCAGCAGAUGGUCGACGCUAUCGACUACCCGAUGGACGGCCUACGUCGCAUCAUGGAUGUCAACGUUGCCGGAAGCUUCAUAAUCUCGAAACACACCGCGCGUUUGCUUCGCGAUCAGAAACUCGGCGGUAGUAUUGUCCUGAUCGCAUCCAUGUCUGGUCAAAUUGCCAACCGUGGCUUGCAUUGUUCGGCCUAUAACACUAGCAAGGCCGCUGUACACCAGAUGGGUCGCUCUCUUGCUUAUGAGUGGGGACAGUGGGGCAUCAGAGUGAACACCUUGUCGCCUGGUUACAUUCGUACUGCUAUGACGGACGGUCUGCUGCAGGAGAAGCCAGAAGUUGAAGAGUCAUGGAUGAGAGGAGCCCUGUUGGGAAGACUGGGUGCACCUGAAGACUUCAAGGCUCCGUGUGUCUUUCUCCUGGCAGAUGGAAGCUCCUGGAUGACUGGUGCUGAUUUGAGAGUAGACGGCGGCCACUGUGCGACCGCAUGA